AUGUCUGGUAGAGGAAGUAGAGGUGGUAGAGGUAUCAGACGUCGUGGCUUCGGUACAAGAGGUGGCCCCCCAGAUCUCGGACGCAGCUUCACAAAUGAACUACGAGCAGCUUUGCAAAAGAAUCUCACUGACGAUAGUUCUAAAGGACUUGAAUUUGAAGAUCCGGUAGGGCCGACUGAUAACGAACAGUUGACUCUUUAUGCGUUAAUUGGCUACAAAGCAGCUCUCAAAGACUCUGCUUUCUAUAUAUCUGCGCCACCACCACCUACUGAAAUACAAAGAUAUUCAGAUCAAUUCAAAAAGAAAAAAACACCACAUUCUCUGCGAGACAUUAAAACAGACAUAGGUUUCUUUCCGGAAGAACUUCAUUGUGUUAAAGAUGAAUCGCUAGCAUCAACAAUUUCAACAAACAUAGGCAGCCAAAAAAAGGCUACUUUUGAUCUGGAUCAAACAUUUGGCGAUCUUUUAGCGCAAGAAGACAAAGAACAGACAAAAAAACAAGAUACUGUUGUAGAGAAUGAAUUCGAAAAAUAUGCGGACAUGGAUCAGUUCCUUCAAGAAGAGGAUGAACUAGCGGAUGCAACUGAUUACGUAGAAAAUUACUUUGAUAAUG